AUGAAAUAUGCCAACGAAGAGCUUCUUUUAGACAGCUCUGAUGUAGAGUAUACCUUCAAUACCGAGGAAAGCGAGGGAUAUAGAUUAAUAAAUGUGAAAAAUUUAUCCACGGCCGUCUCAAAGGUAUACGUGUGUGAGAAAGGUGAGAAAUUUUUUGAAAUCUCUGUCUUUCUCUGUUCUCGAUUAUGACUUAUUUCCCAUAUCAUAUCGACCCUUAGUUCCAGUUUUUCCCUGCUAAAUACGCUGAUUUAUCUAUUAAAUCUUGGAUUGGGUAAGAAAAAGAUUUUUAGGUAUUGUGCAUAUACACUGUAAACAAAAAAUUAUGGGGAAAAAAUCACAGAAUGUGUAUUUCUGACUUGAGGUCUUUACUUUGUUUAUAAUAAAAUUGCCCGAUUUAUUUUACAAUUUUCACUUGAUUUGUCUUUAGGCACCUUAACUCUUGAGGAAGAUAAAAGUGCAAGAGCAGGGCUGAUGUCACAGUUUUCCCUUCAAUGCAGUUCCUGUGAGGAAUCCAGUUCACUUCCAACAUCCAGUGGUGUGACCCAGCGAGGGAAAUCAUAUGACAUUAACUGCCGAGUUGUCUACCAUGCUAUAGAGAGUGGCAGUGGUUAUGAAGGCCUUGCCACAUUCUGUGGUAUAAUGAACAUGCCCUGCCUUUCUAAGCCUGCUUACUACAAACAAGUGGACAACAUCCUGGAAGCUCUUGAGGAUGAAGCAAAGGAGGACAUGAGAAAAGCUGGAGAGAGACUUGGGCAGCAGAUUUUGGAAGAAAACCCAGAAAAAGAUCUGGAUGAUACUCUGGAUGCUGUUGUAAGUUUUGAUGGCACUUGGGCCAAACGAGGGUUUACCUCAUUAACUGGAGUGGUUUUUGUCAUUUCAGUGGACACUGGUGAAGUUUUGGACUACCAUGUCCUUUCAAAGGCAUGUCAGAAAUGUGCUUUAAAGAAAGCAAAAGGUGUAAAUGAGGAAGAAUUUGAGGAGUGGUUGUUGGAACAUGAAUGUGACAUAAACUUUGCUGGUAGCUCACCAGCAAUGGAGUGUGAAGGAGCUGUAGUCUUGUGGGAAAGGUCAGUGGAACGUCACAACCUGAGGUACAGAUGGAUGGUGAGCGAUGGUGAUAGCAAGGCCUUUAAUUCUGUGGAAAAUGUUUAUGGAGAAAUCAAAGUGAAGAAAUUAGACUGCGUGGGACAUGUCCAAAAAAGGAUGGACAAACAUCUGUUGAACCUGAAGGCCAGAACUAAAGGGAAACUAGCUGAUGGUAAACCUAUUGGUGGUAUAGGGAGACUGUCUGACACAAGAAUAAAGAAGUUCCAGAAAGAUUAUGGACCUGCAAAUCGACAAAAUACCAUCAGGAAAUCCAAUCCAGCAAGAAGGGAGGUGGAGGUUGCAGUUUAUACAAUGAAAAAAAACAUUAUUGCAAUACUCCAUCAUAAUGUCGAGUCAAAUGACCUCGCCAAACAGCAUCGAUUUUGUCCACCAGGGGAAUCCUCUUGGUGUAAAUGGAAGCAAGAUGAAGCAACAGGAACAUCUACAUACAGUAGUGGUAACUGA